GCAUUUAAAUAUUUGCAGCCUUUUUCCACCAAAACCUAAAAAUGAUUGUCAGCUUUAUUUAAUGACCAAUAUUGCAUCAACAUCGUAGCAUAGCAUAGCAUAGCAGCGUAAACGCAAUCGAAUCUGCAUUCUCCACUCAUCCAUUUCUUCACCUGCAUCCACCAAACCAAACCAAAGCACACUCUAGAGUGAGUCAAGUUCAGACCCCUUCAUUUCCCUAAGCGAAAAAAAGUCUUCCCCAACAUGACAAGGGCAAAGUUUUAUCUCUUCGGUGAUUCCAUCACUGAAGAAUCUUUCUCAGUUGGUGGAUGGGGUGCUUCUCUCGCCCACCAUUUCUCUCGCACGGCUGAUGUGGUGCUAAGAGGUUACAGCGGGUACAACACACGGUGGGCGUUGAAGGUGUUGGAGAGGGUUUUCCCUGGGUCACAUGGCGUUGACGGUGGAACCGGAACAGCACCAAUUGCUUUGACUGUUUUCUUUGGGGCCAACGACGCUUGUGUUCCAGAUAGAUGUUCUGCUUUUCAACAUGUACCUCUUCAUGAAUACAAGCAGAAUCUUCACUCCAUUGUUUCCUUCUUCAAGAAGCGAUGGCCCACAACUCUUGUUCUCCUUAUAACACCUCCUCCAAUUGAUGGGGAUGCACGUUGUAGAUAUCCAUAUGUAGAAAAUCCACAGGGUCUUCCUGAAAGGACAAAUGAAGCUGCUGGUGAGUAUGCUAGAGCUUGCAUUGCUGUGGCAGGAGAAUGUGGAAUCCCUGUGGUUGAUCUCUGGACCAAAAUGCAACAGUACCCUGACUGGAAAAAAGAAUAUCUACGUGAUGGUUUGCAUCUUACUCAAAGUGGCAAUCAAGUUGUUUUUGAGGAAGUAAUCACAAAGCUAAGAGAAGAAGGCUUGAGUCUAGAAUCUAUACCAGUUGAUCUCCCACUUAUUGCUGAUAUUGACCCUAAUGACCCACUGAAGUCAUUUCUGUAGUAAUAGAAUGAUACAUUACAAAAGGGGUGCCUUUUCUAGGGGUUAUUGUGCCUUUUCUGUAGUAUUUGGAUCUUCCUUUUAUUGUAGCUAUUCUCUGUAGAAAACAAUGUGUUGGGUAAUGUCUAUUAUUGGCCUGUCAAAUGUUAUUUCUGUAAAGGAGUUUUUAAUUUUCUUCUUUGCUUGAAUGUGAAUGAACCAAUAUGAAGCGUUUGUACGUAGAAUGCUAGAUACAUAUUCUAUGGCCUCAGAAUUCACA